AUUUGUUAGUUGUGUCGUUAUUUUAUUCAGCAACUUCAUGUUCUUAAUCCAGAAAAGUAAUCUAUCGACUUACCUGAUUUGUAGACGACGUCUGAUAUUGGCGGUCCUCGUAGCUGUUGUGCUCGUGUUCAGUAUAAAAUCGUUGACUUCAAAUGGAAAGCUUACAGCUGUUGAGGAUAUUUUACUGUUCAGCUCAAAACCUCCGCCAGGACGAACCAUAUUUUUUAUUGAGAGUAGUUGCUACCGUUCAGGAUCCCAGUACAAUAUGAGUAGCAUAAAAGCGCACCAGGCCUGUGCCAUUGAAUCUGCCGCUUUGCAUAAUCCAAAAUUCCAAGUAUUUGUUCUGUUUGCCUGCCCCAUCCGUAACGAAUCAGUGCCCAUCAUUGAUGCCCUUCUAAGCUACAAGAAUGUGCAAUUUCGGUCGAUAAAUCUGGAUCGCUAUGCAGAAGAAACGCCUAUCGCUGAUUGGCUAAAGAAAGGCGAUCUAUUUAAGUCAAGUUAUCUGAUGUUUCACUUAUCCGACCUACUCCGUUUAAUAACACUUUAUCGUUUCGGCGGCGUCUAUAUGGACAUGGAUGUCUUAGUGUUACGCAGCUUGGAGGAAGAGCCACUAAACUUUGCAGGUGCCGAGAGAGCAGAUAGCAUCGGCAACGGUGUUAUAGGAUUGGAACCCAAUGGCUUUGGCCAUCAGCUUUGCGAGUUAUUUCUGCAGGACUUCCAGGAUAAUUAUAGGGGCGACGCGUGGGCCCAUAAUGGACCCAUGGGUUUAGUGCGCGUAUUGUCAGAGAUUUGUGGUACGAAAAAUGUUACGCUCAUGGUGAAUAAUCAGAAACGCUGUCACGGGUUUAAAGUGUUCGAUGUUAACGCAUUUUACGAGGUCCCCUGGCAGGAAUGGAGAUUAUUUUUCCAGCCAGAGACCGCGCUUUUCGUGCGUGCCCGCACUGAGAACUCGAUUAUGGUGCAUAUAUGGAACCACGUAGUCACGGAAUGGCCCCUUCAAACUGAUUCAAUCACAGCCUAUAUGAUGUGGGCGGCGCAACAUUGUCCCAGGGUCUUUGCGGCCGCGGGGGAACUAUUUGAUUAGGCCAGGUGAAAUUUCUCACAUUUCGUUUUCAAUUGAUGCCUUGGGUAUAUUCUUUCAGGAAUGAUUGCAGCAUAAUUGAAGCACUCUUGGUAAUAAAAAUAUCGCAGAAGUUGUCUAUUAUUUGAACAUUUGAGAGAUACACGAAAACUAUUUAUCGUGUAGGAUGAGUAAACAAAUUCUAAUUGCUUUGCACAAGGUCUAUGGUGUCGUAUAACUUAAUUUUAAAGAAGAUAAUUUUUUAUUUGUCCUCAAUUUUGUCUUAUCUUCGACAGCCCCAAAACCCGUCUAAUCAGGUAUAUAAGUUAAGUUUGCGCGCAACAUGGAUCUUGUCAAUACGUCCACUCUUAGCUUAACCCAAUUAGUUUCGUAUGUUCUACAAACAUUCUGGCCAAUCUUGAUUUCCACUAUUUUUGGAACUUAUUUCUUAUUUAGAAGAUUCUAACACGGCUGUAAACCCAACAAAACUA